GCCGAGUAUGACCUACUUCGUCAUUUUAGCGCAUGCGACGGCAAUCGGGAGAUCGGUUUGUUUUGGGUGUGGAGGCUUGCCUACCGUCAAGUGUUGUUAUCUCCCCGUUGGAGGAAUGUUGGCGAAACAACUAUGUAUGCGGCUUGAUAUGCAACAGCCUCGACGUAAUGUGUCGUCACUUGUAUCUCAUCUUGCACACGGCUCUUGGGGUUUGACCGCAUUCUGUAGACCUCACGGAAGCAAUACUCCAUUUCAUGCUAUCAGUCGGGAUAUGCUUAGUAGCAGAAGGAUUCUGUUACAAACGCUAUGGCUAUACUGUAUGUAGACAUUCAAAACAGGAAUAGGGCAAAUAAUGAAUCUAGCGAUAGAGAAACAAUACUGAUGGGAGACCCUUACUUGAAAGCCCGGAGUCGCGGCCGCUCCUUCAAAAGCGACGG